GUACACUUUGUCGGCUCGCUGUCUGGGACCGCUUCCCCGAGUGCACGUGGAGAGGGCCUUUGCUGGAGCCGCUUAGUCUCCGGGAGCCAGCACCAUGGGGCGUAAAUUGGACCCUACGAAGAAGGAGAAGCGUGGACCUGGCCGAAAAGCCCGGAAACAGAAGGGUGCAGAGACCGAACUGGUUAGGUUCCUGCCUGCAGCUGGUGAUGAGAAUUUCAAGAGGCUGUCUAGUCGUGCUCGGAAAAGGGCAGCCAAGAGGCGGUUCAGGUCUGUUGAAGUCUCUAAGUCAAAUAAGUCUCCUAGAAUCGAAACAUUGCCUGGAGCGCUAUCGAAAGGAGCAGUUCAGGCUCGAGGUAAGAAGCGCCCAGCACCAGCUGAAAACAGUGAUGGGGAUGAGGAGGAAGAAUCUGAGGAGGAGGCUGUGGCAAACCAGGGAGACCUCUGGGGCUCUGAGGACAGUGAUGCCGAUAUGGUGGAUGACUAUGGAGCGGACUCUGGCUCGGAGGAUGAAGAGGGAAAGUUGCUGCCCAUCGAAAGAGCCGCUCUGAAGCAGAAGUCGCGGGAGGCUGCCGCUGGGGGUCAGUGGAGUGAGGAGGAGACGGAUGAAGAGGAAGAUGAUGUUCCCCCUGAGUCCGGUCCCCCAAAGGCUGGCAGAGCAGAGGGGGAUUUGCAGAUCAAUGUGGAGGAUGAGGAAGCCUUUGUGCUGCCCCCUGCUGGGAAAGUGGAGCAGGAUGCCCAGGCUCCAGACCUGCAAGGAGUUCACAAGCGGAUCCAGGAUAUAGUGGAGGUGCUUCGGAAUUUUGGGGCUCAGCGGGAAGAAGGACGGUCUCGUUCCGAGUAUCUGAAUCAGCUUCAGAAGGAUCUGGCCACUUACUAUUCAUAUGGAGACUUCCUGCUGGGCAAACUCAUGGAGAUCUUCCCUCUGUCUGAGUUGAUAGAGUUCUUAGAAGCCAAUGAGGUGCCCCGGCCAGUCACCCUUCGGACCAACACCUUGAAAACUCGUCGCAGAGACCUUGCUCAGGCUCUAAUCAAUCGUGGAGUUAAUCUGGAUCCCUUGGGAAAGUGGUCAAAGUCUGGACUUGUGGUCUAUGACUCUUCGGUGCCUAUUGGCGCUACUCCCGAGUAUCUGGCCGGGCACUAUAUGCUGCAGGGAGCCUCAAGCAUGUUACCUGUCAUGGCCCUGGCGCCUCAGGAGCAUGAGCGGAUCUUAGACAUGUGUUGUGCUCCUGGAGGGAAGACCAGCUACAUAGCUCAGCUGAUGAAGAACACCGGAGUGAUCCUUGCCAAUGAUGUCAGUGCUGAGCGACUCAAGAGUGUCGUGGGCAACCUGCAUCGCUUGGGCGUCACCAACACCAUCAUCAGCCACUACGACGGACGCCAGUUCCCCAAGGUGGUGGGGGGCUUUGACCGAGUGCUGCUGGAUGCUCCCUGCAGUGGCACAGGAGUCAUCUCCAAGGACCCUGCAGUGAAGACGAACAAGGAUGAGAAGGAUGUCCUACGCUGUGCCCACCUUCAGAAGGAACUGCUGCUCAGUGCUAUUGACUCUGUCAAUGCGGCCUCCAAGACCGGGGGCUACCUGGUCUACUGUACCUGUUCCAUUACGGUGGAGGAGAAUGAGUGGGUGGUAGACUACGCCUUGAAAAAGAGGAAUGUGCGACUGGUGCCCACUGGCCUGGACUUUGGCCAGGAAGGUUUUACCCGCUUUCGAGAAAGGCGCUUUCACCCGACUCUGCGUUCCACCCGACGCUUCUACCCUCACACUCACAACAUGGAUGGUUUUUUUAUUGCCAAGUUCAAGAAGUUUUCCAAUUCUGUUCCCCAGCCCCACGCAGGAAACACAGCAGCAGCUACCCCUACGGAGCCUGAGCUGAAGGAUCAAGUCCCCCCCACGUCUGAGAACAGUAGUCAGCCAGCCAAGAGAGCUGGUGGGGCACCAAAGCAGCAGCUGGGGAAACAGCAGCGUUCCAGAAAGCCCUUCCACAAGAUGAAUGGCACCUCCAAAGGGCCAAGCUCAAAAUCCACUGUCCCUUCUGUCCCAAAAGCCCAAGUGUCUGCCAGGCCCCAGGAGAGUGGCCAGCCUGGUGGAAAAGCUGGAGUGGAGAGGAAACUAAAGCGAAGAGGAUCUAAACCAAAGUCCUCCAAGGAAGCUGCUCUCUCAAAGCACAAAGCCCCUCCCAACCGUGUGGACUCACCUGCUGUGCCGCCACCCUCUGAGAAUUCCAUGGCCCCAAGGCGUAAGGACUGCAGUCAAUCCCUUGGGAUAACCAAAACGAUUGAAAAAGGAAAGCAACAGUUUCCAGGACAGCCUGCCAAGAGAGCUGCUUCCCUAAAAGAGGAUGGUGCCCCCAAGGGACCCUCAGUCCCCACUGGGUCCCCCCACAGUUCCACCAGGCCCCCACCAGCAAAAAGGAGGAAAUCUGUGACAAAGGGCAGCAGCCAGCCACUGUUGUCUUAGAUGGACUUGCAAAGCAGACUCUUACAUCCUUCUGCAGUGAUGGCCUCCCUACCGUGCAUACAUAUGAAAUUUAAUAUACAUAUUUUC